AGCUUUCAAAGCGUGAAUAUACCAAACCUUAAAUACGACUCAAGGAAUAGGCGAGAGAGCGGUACUGUGAGACUAUAAACAAAAUGAAUGAUUGCUUCUACCGAAGAUCUGAAACUCAACGAAAUCGUAGCAAUUUUCUGAUUGAUUAUUAAACUCAAAACCUCUUUCUUGCUCUUCACCCAAAUCCCUACCUGUCCAGAGAGAUUAGGAUAGGAUAGGACUCUGAAAAACUGAAAUUGAAAUUGAAACUCAGAUGAAUUGAAUUGAGUUGGAUUUGGAGAAUUGGAGCUACUAGGUUUCGUGGUUUAGUGUAAUGGUGGUAGAUCAAGUGCGGAGCUGAUGAGAAGAGUGAAUCUGUGAGAUUUUUGAUUUGUUUUGGUGGCAGUGGAGAUGAAGAAGCUGAGGAACUAUUAUCUGAAUCUGAGACACCCGCAGAAAAUGGAGCGGAAAUGGAUCUUUCCGGUGGCGAUAGGGUCCAUUGUGUCGCUGUUUCUGUUGUUUCUAACAACCCUAACUUCCUCGGACGGCACGCCGCUUUUGCCGCUGUACCGGUACUACGCCUCCGCCUCCGCCGCCUCCAUUUUUAUCGAAUCCAAGCUCCGGCCUAUCCCCGUCUCCGCGCUGCCGCCGCCGCCGCGCAUUGCGUACCUCAUCUCCGGCUCCUCCGGCGACGGGAAAAUGCUCCGGCGGACGCUCCAGGCGCUGUACCAUCCCAACAACCAGUACGUGGUUCACCUCGACGCGGAAUCCUCGCCGCAGGAGCGCCUCGAUCUGCGCAACUACUUGCAGGCGCACCCUACUUUCGCCCGAUUCAACAAUGUCCGGAUGAUCAGCAAGGCCAAUCUUGUGACCUACCGCGGCCCCACCAUGGUGGCCAAUACUCUCCACGCCGCCGCCAUUUUGCUCAAGGAAGGUGGGAAUUGGGACUGGUUUAUCAACCUCAGCGCCUCUGAUUAUCCUCUAGUCAGCCAAGAUGAUCUGCUUCAUACAUUUUCGCAUUUGCCCCGAGAUCUCAAUUUCAUUGAUCAUACAAGCAAUAUUGGCUGGAAAGAGUUUCAGAGAGCAAAACCCAUUAUAAUUGAUCCCGGGUUGUAUAUGUCGAAAAAGGCUGAUGUUUUCUGGAUUACACAGAGAAGAAGUGUGCCAACCGCUUUCAAGCUCUUUACAGGAUCUGCUUGGAUGGUCCUCUCUCGGCCCUUCAUCGACUUCUGUAUCUGGGGAUGGGACAACUUGCCUCGGACUGUUCUCAUGUAUUACGCAAACUUCGUAUCAUCCCCGGAAGGGUAUUUCCACACCGUGAUCUGCAAUGCGCAAGAAUUCAAGAACACGACAGUGAACAGCGAUCUUCACUUCAUCUCGUGGGACAACCCUCCUAAACAGCACCCUCACUACCUCACCCUUGAUGACAUGAAAAGGAUGGUUGACAGUAACGCCCCAUUCGCCAGAAAGUUCCACCACGAUGAUCCGGUGCUCGACAAAAUCGACUCUGACCUCCUGUUCCGCGGCCAAGACAUGCUCGUCCCCGGUGGAUGGUGCGUGGGGAGCCAGGAGAACGGGACCGAUCCAUGCUCUGCCGUGGGAGACGUCACCCUCCUUAAACCUUCUGCAGGUGCCAAGCGACUCGAGAGCCUGAUAAGCUCGCUUCUAUCAGGCGAAAAGUUCCGCCCCAGGCAGUGCAAGUAGCGAAAUUUUGUAUAAAAAAGGCGAGUAAUCUGUUCUUCGUGCUGCAAAGAGAUGGCUACCACCCUCAUCAAAAUCCUCUCAAUCUCACCAAAAGUUUGCAGAACAUGCAAAUUCAAGACUCCUGAAUAUCAUGCCCAAAUCUGCAGACUGCAAGGCUUUUUUUGCCUAUAAUGAGUGCUCAGAAAUGUGAAAUGUUGUUAGGUAAGGAACAGAAGAUUCAGGUUUUUUCAUGUACUCAAAUGUAAACUUAUUCAGACGCCAUUAAACUUGUUCUAAGCUCCUCUUCAAACACUGACUCACAAAUUAUGAUUCAUUUCAUAUCUCUGGCCCCUCAUUGCUUCAUUCUUGUGUAAUGGAUUGAUGCCACGUCGAGUUAUGUAUGUUAUGUUUGUAGUUUAACA